GGGCGGCGGCGGCGGCGCGGAGCAGGUGAGGCCGGGGCCGCUGCGGGGCUGCCGGCCACCCUCGCAGGUUGCCAGGCAGGACCUCACUGCCGAGGACGCCUCACUCUGCUGAGGGCAGGGCCCGCUGCCUCCACGAUGGCAAGAUGGCUGCCCCGCUCCACCGACCUGACCCGCUUCUGCCAGAAGCUCAACCGGGUGAAGACCCUGGAGGACGACAUGAUGGAGACAUCCUUUAACAGAUGCCUUUCCACCAUUGACUUGACGCUGCUGGGCAUCGGGGGCAUGGUGGGCUCCGGGCUGUACGUCCUCACAGGCACUGUGGCCAAGGAGAUCGCCGGCCCCGCCGUCAUCGUCUCCUUCGUCAUCGCCGGCUUUGCCUCACUCCUGGCUGCUCUCUGCUACGCUGAGUUUGGAGCCCGCGUGCCCAAGACAGGCUCUGCCUACAUGUUCACCUAUGUGUCUGUGGGUGAAAUCUGGGCUUUCCUCAUCGGCUGGAACGUGCUGCUGGAGUACAUGAUCGGGGGGGCUGCAGUGGCCAGGGCCUGGAGUGGCUAUCUGGACUCCAUCUUUAACCACAAGAUCAAGAACUUCACCGAGACCCAUGUGGGUGCCUGGCAGGUGCCAUUCCUGGCCCGCUAUCCAGACUUCCUGGCUGCUGCCAUCCUGCUGGUAGCUACUGCCUUCAUCUCCUUUGGGGCCAAAGUAUCCUCCUGGCUCAACCACGUCUUCUCAGCCAUCAGCAUGGGCGUCAUCCUCUUCAUCCUCAUUAUGGGCUUUGUUCUCGCACAGCCCAAGAACUGGAGCACGCAGGAGGGUGGCUUUGCCCCAUAUGGGCUGUCAGGCAUCAUGGCUGGCACAGCCACCUGCUUCUACGCCUUUGUGGGCUUUGAUGUCAUCGCAGCCUCCAGCGAAGAGGCCAGGAACCCGCAGAGAGCUGUCCCCAGGGCCAUUGCUUUCUCCUUGGGGCUGGCCACUGGUGCCUAUAUCCUGGUGUCAGUUGUGCUGACGCUGAUGGUGCCCUGGCACACGCUGGAUCCUGACUCUGCCCUGGCUGAUGCAUUCUACAGGAGGGGCUACGCCUGGGCAGGGUUUCUGGUGGCUGCUGGCUCCAUCUGUGCAAUGAACACAGUUCUACUGAGCAACCUCUUCUCCCUGCCACGCAUCGUCUACGCCAUGGCCGAGGAUGGGCUCUUCUUUCAGGUCUUCUCCCGAGUGCACCCCCGCACACAGGUGCCCGUGGUUGGCAUCGUGGUCUUCGGGCUGCUUAUGGCCCUGCUAGCCCUCGUCUUUGACCUGGAGGCCCUGGUGCAGUUCCUGUCCAUCGGCACCCUGCUGGCCUACACCUUUGUGGCCGCCAGCAUCAUCGUCCUACGCUUCCAGCAGCAGAAGGGGGAUGUCCCUGCACCGGCGGCCAGUGGCCAGCCCAACCCUGAGCCCCAUGAGGGCCCAUCCAGGGGCGAGCUGAAGGAGUAUGAGUCCUUCUCCGACAAGCUGCAGCUGGUGGACAGGGACAAGAGCAAAGAGCAGCGGGAGCCAGGGCAGCUGAAGGCAGCCUUUGAGCCCUACCUGGAGUUCCUCAGCGACUUCUACCCGGGUGAGGUAGUCACGGUGGCUGUGGUGACCUUGAUGGUGUCUGCCAUCUGCCUCUGCUCCAUCUUAGUGUUUGGCAACACCCACCUCCACCUGCCCACCUGGAGCUACUCCCUGCUGCUGGUCCUCUUCAGUCUGGGCUUCCUGCUCAGCCUCCUCCUCAUCUGGGCACACGAGCAGCAGCACAGCACCCAGACCUUCCAGAUCCCCCUGGUACCCCUCUCCCCAGCGCUGAGCAUCAUCCUCAACAUCUACCUGAUGCUGAAGCUCAGUUACAUGACGUGGCUCCGCUUCGCCGUCUGGCUCCUCUUGGGCUUGCUUGUCUACUUUGGCUAUGGCAUCUGGCACAGCAAGGAGAACCUGCGGGAGCCACGACCCCAGCGUGUCAGCGCCCGCUACGUGGUGUUCCCGGGUGGCAGUCUGGAGGAGAGGGUGCAAGCAGUCCAGCCCAGCUCCCAGCCUGCCGCCGGGCUGCCAGACACCGACACCGAUGACUGCAAGAGAUGACACCCCUGGCAACGGGGGCACCCGGAGAUGGGAGCGUCGGAAUCUCCUCCCGCAGUGAGGCGAGAGACCCACCCCCCUCCUCCUGGUCCCUCUGACAGCAGAGCCAGUGGGGCUGCCCUGGGUGUGGGGCUCCACCUGGAGAGGAUGAGGAUGCUCACCCUUCCCCACAGGCUUCUGACAGAGUGUGGAGGGGCCAGCUGCCUCCCUGCCCAUCCCCUGCACUCGAGAGCUGGGUCUCAGCCCAGUGCCUGCCCUGCUUAUGAGGAGCUGUGUCCUUGUUCACCUCUCCCCGAGCACACCCUGGCACUGUGCAGUACAUCUCCUGUCUGCCAGCACAUCCAUGCAGCUGGGCAUGCAGAGGUUCCCUAGGGACCAGGAGAGGCAGCCCAGUGCUGCCCAUCCUGACUCAUCCUGACUGCAGCCCCGCUGCCUCCUGCAGAAUCCCCUCUGGAAGGAGGCAUGGGCCAACCAUACAUCCCCACAGGCACCCCUGCCAUCCCUAUGCCCAGGGCUGCUCUCCUCAAAGGCUGGGGCUGAGGGAGCUGAGGGGCAGCUGGAGACAUGACAUGGAGAAGGAAUAUGGCCAGAGUGGGUGGCUGGGAAGGUGCCUCAGGAAAGCCCAUGGAGGCUGGCACAGCAAAAGCCCAGCUGCAUCUUCCCAGUCACUGGAAUUGACUGAGAGGUGGACUGGUGGCCAUGCCAGGAAAGUAAUGCCAUGGCCAGACUCUUGCCCCAGUCCUGAGCAGGGUAUGGGUCCUUAGGACCCCAAGUACAUUGACUUGCCCCUGGAGGUCCUCAGUGGCGUCCCUGGGCUGCUCUGCCUGGAGCCAGCUCCCUACUUCUCCUGCACCCCAGCAGCACCACCUGCCCCACCCUGGGGACUCAACCCUCCGUGACACCCCUUCCAGGCUCUCUGGGGCAUGGGACAGGCUCAGGGAGGCUUUUUCAAUAUUGCUCCCUCCCCAGCAAUCAUGCCCAUGCUUUGGGGUCACCCCAGCUGCAAGGGUGUCAUGGGGGGUCCCCAGCAGCAGUGCUGCAGCCACCCCUGGCUGUUUUGCCCAUGAGCCUAUGGUCAGUCAAGUGUGAGGCUGCCAACUUGACAGGCCUUUCAGCAUGGACACUCUGCUCCAUCCUCAUCCUCUGCAUGCUGCGAGGAGCUGGGGACUGUGGGCAAGCUGUUCCAUUACUUCUUGCUGGCCAGUCACUGGGGGACCCUAGAGAGGCUGUGGGGACCCUCAGUGGGAUACGCUGGCUCCGGUGAACCCCUCUGUCUGCCAGCACUGCUCCGUGUCCCACCUUGUCCCCGCGCUGCUGCCGCCGGCGCUGUGGCCCCGCUUGGAACCCUGUGUCGUGGCUUGUGAGCAACGGGCUGAUUUGGUCAUCCUCAUAAACACUGUUUCUGUGAUGGCUCUGACUGGUUGUGAUCUCUGUGUCCCCAGGAGUCAAGGUGGGAAACGCUCAGGACAGCCCCCCAGAAAGUGGGGAAAGGGAGGGUGCCCACUGCCACCCUGCUGCCACCGGGGUUCCAGUCACAGGAAAAGCUCCAGCCAGACCCAGAGAAACUGGGACCCCACGGGGCUGGGUAGGCUGGGACUUGAGCCUUAUAGCACAGAAAUACCCUGAUAUUGACCCAGAUAGGACUGAGCACUGUGAGCAGUGAGGAAAGUGCUGAGUCAGCACCAGGGCAGGGUUACUAAAGCUGCCCAAGGUUAGGAGCCAAAGGAUGUGAGAACUUGUGCAAUUAAUAGGAAUUAUUUAUAACCCACAGUCACCCCCAUCCCCACACUGUUGUUCUCUAGGGAAAUGUCAUUCCUGAGAUAACAGAGUCUUUUUUCAUUAAAAAGCAAGUGUUCAACAGGCACCCAGGGAGGCACAGGCUGAACCCUCCUUAGUGGCUCAGCUUUAAUCUUGGUAAUAAAGCCAUUGUCAGCAGGACAAAGGCAAGUAAAAAGAUCCACAGGGACACAGGAGGAGGGAGCCCAGCACAGAACUGGGGAGGGGCAGGAAAUUCCUCACAGAGAGGGAUGGGCUGAGGAUGACUUUUAUGUUCCCCUGUGGAGGAAAGUCAAUGACAGUCACAUCUCUCAGCUCUCCUGGCAGAGGUCUCAAUCAGCAUUUUAAGCUGCAAAAGACCAAAGAGUUAUUGAAUGAGCCUUGUAACCAUUGACAUUUAUUCUAUUUAAAAACAUUCAUUUCUAAAAAUGCACAGAAAUCCCUGUUAGGCUGUGGCACACAAAGCACGGGGUCCUCCCCAGCAUAGCAGGAGGUGCCGGGGAUGCAGCCACAGGGUAUUAAAGGAUUGGAGUAUAAUUCUCUGGCACCUGGAAGGCCAGUGGAGCCUCCCAAGCACACUUGUGGGUUUUGUUAAAAAUAGGAUUACAAAAUUGAUUGGUUCAUGUGUCAUACACUAUCCUACAGCAGUAACAUGCUCUGUACAGAACAUGUAUUAAUUGAUUUUUAAUUGACUACUCCUUAAUCUACACAGAAGAAAAGGGGGAUGGCAGCAGCCACUGGCACCCAGACAGCCCUUCUACAGGAAUUUGUUCCUGAAAAUUGUAUCAGCAGAGAAAAAAAAAUCCAAACAAAUAUUCAGCAGGCUUUAAGAUGGCAGCCUGUAAUUGUAAGAGAAAACACUGGCUGCCCCAUCCAUACCCUCAAUUCCAAACAGAUGUAAAAUGAAACCAUUCUCAUGUGCAGCUCCCAGAACCCUGUUUCAUGGAGCUCCAGAAGCAGCUACUUGCUGCUUCCCUGUGACUGACCAUACACCUGUUUUGCAGGGCAGUAUCCUUCUCCAAAUUAGCUUAAAAAUAUAAAUAAAGUCCUCUAUUUUCUGAGAGCCAUGGCAAUGAUGUAGUCAGGCUGCAGGAAAUCAAUCUGUUUCCAGAGCUGCAGGGAGGUGUGUGGGUCAGUGCUGGAGUGGCCAGUGCUGGGGCUCCAGGAACUGGGAAGGGCUUUAUGGGCCAUGGGGCAGGA